AUGGCUGCGCCCUGCUGCCAUGGCUGCUGGCUGCUCCCCCUGCUCAUGCUGCUUGCUGCCGCGGGUGCUCUUGGUGCAGAGGGCGCUUCCCUUGUGCUUGUGCAGCUGGACGUGGAGUCGCUGCUCCCUUCCGCAGCAGCCGCGUCUUGCCCCACGCCACAAGAACAAAGGCCUGGGGCUGCGACGGCCACGAGGAUGCCCAUCGUGCACCAGCACGGCCCGUGCUCGCCGCUGGCCGACAAGCACGGGAAGAAGGCGCCGUCCCACACGGAGAUCCUCGUCGCGGACCAGCGCCGCGUCGAGUACAUCCAUCGCCGUGUGUCCGAUACCACCGGGCGGAUGAGGCGGCAGAAGCAAAGCGCACCAGUGGAGCUCCCGCCCGGCACGCCGUCGUCGUCGACCCCCGCGUCGUCGCUGUCGUCCUCCGCCACGUCGACGAACCUGCCGGCGUCGUCCGGGCGCGCGCUGAACACGGGCAACUACGUGGUGCCCAUCCGCCUCGGCACGCCGGCGGCGCGGUUCACGGUGGUGUUCGACACCGGCAGCGACACGACGUGGGUGCAGUGCCAGCCGUGCGUGGCCUACUGCUACCGGCAGAAGGAGCCCCUCUUCAACCCCACCAAGUCCACCACCUACGCCAACAUCUCUUGCACGUCGUCCUACUGCUCCGACCUCGACAGCAGCGGCUGCUCCGGCGGCCACUGCCUCUACGCCGUCCAGUACGGCGACGGCUCCUACACCGUCGGCUUCUACGCCCAGGACACGCUCACCCUGGGCUACGACACCGUCAAGGACUUCCGGUUCGGGUGCGGCGAGAAGAACCGCGGGCUGUUCGGGAAAUCGGCGGGGCUGAUGGGCCUCGGCCGCGGCAGCACAUCGCUGCCGGUGCAGGCGUACGACAAGUACAGCGGCGUGUUCGCGUACUGCAUCCCGGCGACGUCGGCCGGGACGGGGUUCCUGGACUUCGGGCCGGGCGCGCCGGCGGCGGCGAACGCGCGCCUGACGCCGAUGCUGGUGGACAACGGGCCGACGUUCUACUACGUGGGGAUGACGGGCAUCAAGGUGGGCGGGCACCUGCUGUCCAUCCUGGCACCGUCUUCUCCGACGCCGGCGCGCUGGUGGACUCCGGCACGGUGA